CUCUCCAUCCUCUCCUAAAGCAGACCUAAAGCCCUUUACUUUGCGCAUGUACAGCCAAACUGAACAUUUCAUCGACUCCAAGAUGGCGUUAACACCACUGGCUUGCGUUCUGCUCAUCCUUUCCAUGCAAUGCUACGUCAGCACCUUGGCAGUAAUCCUGAAGACAGCGAAUUCUAAACCAAGGGCCAAUGAGUUUGAAUCAGUCGAGCUGUCUUGCAUGAUAGAGUCUAUCUCCACUUCUCAUCCCAGAAUAGAAUGGAAGAAGAUCAAGAAUGGAGAGCCCAGUUAUGUAUAUUUCGAGAAACAAAUAGCAGGCGACUUGGAGAAGAGAGCAAAAAUUCGAGAACCAGCAACUUUAGUGAUUCUCAAUACAACACGAUCUGACACUGCUGAUUACCGCUGUGAAGUCACUGCCCCCAAUGACCAAAAAUCCUUCGAUGAGAUUCUCAUAUCGCUCGUUGUAAGAGUGAAGCCCGUAGUGCCCAGAUGCUCUGUACCCAAGUCAGUCCCAGUAGGCAAAGCAGCAGAGCUGCACUGCGUGGAGGAUGAUGGCUUCCCAAAGUCUCAGUACCAGUGGUUCCGUGACAAGGAAGAAAUCCCAGAAGACCCCAAGACUAGCCUGAAGUUCUUCAACUCCAGUUACACCUUGAAUGGAGAAAUGGGCACACUGAAAUUCAGUGCCGUCAGAAAAGAGGAUGCCGGAGAGUACAAUUGCAGAGCAAGGAAUGAGGCUGGCUUCUCAGAAUGUGGGCCGCAGAUGAUGGAAGUUUAUGACAUCAACAUUGCUCAAAUCAUCUUGGGUGUACUUGUUGUGGUGGUGGUACUUUUGUGUAUAACAGUGGGCGUUUGCUGUGCGUACAAACGAGGCUACUUUACCAGCCAAAAGCAGACAGGAAACAAUUACAAAGCUCCAGCAAAAGGGGAUGGAGUGGACUAUGUCAGAACAGAGGAUGAGGGGGAUUUCCGACACAAAUCCUCAUUUGUCAUCUGAGGGUAAAGUGAUGGAAGAGAUACAGAAUAACAUUGAAGGUUAUUGGCGCCAUACCUCGCAGACACAAAUCCCUAAACUGAGGAUAUAAAUGUUGGCGCUACCACACCACGUGCCUUGCUGCACGUCAUGUCUGCAAUGACAAAAUUUGUAUUUGCCAAAGGUGACAAAUAAUCACAAAUGUCGGAUCACUGUUUAAAGACACUAGAUGCUUAUUGUUUCUUUAAUUGAAAUUGUUCAGCCCUUUAUGACUUAGUAAAUUUUUUUGCUUUGCUAGUGGUAGCAUCUUGGUACAACUCUGCAUCUGUCAAUUUCGGUAGAACUCCAUAUACUCUUGUGCUCUUCUGUCAUUUCUAAAACAUUUGUUUUGUACUAGCUAAAUUUGUUAAAAUUGACUAUUUUUGAUGGAAUUUAUUUUAAAAUACCUAUAGAAAAUAAUUUACUUUUUAACUAUUUGAAAAUACUAACCUUGAAGUCAGUACAUUUUUAGACUAAAUUGGUUGUGAGAGAAAUUAAUAACCAUUUCCACCACUUUGCAUCUUGAGUUUCAGUCAUUUGAUAUUCAAUAUAAUGAAACAAAGCACUCGACCAUUUUAUUUGAUUUUUUCCCAGAUUUCAAAUCCUUUCAAUAGCAUAUCCAGCUACUCUGGCUUCAAUCAAAGGUCUUAUGUACUUACUAUACUGCUGGGAUUUAAAUGUUAAUAGUGUUAGGACGUUCCAUGUUCAUGUUUGUAGAUAGUCUUAGGCAGUGAGUAUCUAUGGAAAAUCACCAGCAAAAAGCUGGCGUAAACUUUAAAAGACCAUUGCUGCAUAUCUUUUUUAAGUGUCCUUCUAUGCUAGCUGUUUUAUCUUGUAUAUAUAGUGAAUAUACAGUCUAGGUUUUUUUCUUUCUUUCUGUAUGUCUCCUUUCUUAUUUGAGUGAGAAACACUCGCCAUGUUACUUUUUAAUAUAACAGGGUUUGUAUGUUGGCUAACUGAACUGGUUGUAUAUAUAGAUCCACUGUGAGCUACACUGUGCACAAGAUGUUAUGAGUUUAACCAAGAGUUAAACCUCCUGAAUGAGCCAAAUAUGACACUCUUGCCAUGGAAGUAAAUAUGAAAUUGCGAAGUCUGGUCAUGGUAGAGAGGGGAUCUGCCUUGUCAAAUAAAUUUGAUAGUCUGGACCCGCAUUAUGUUUUCUUUUAAAUCAUGUAAACUUACAUUUCACAAUGCAUACAUAUUUUAGCAUAAAAUGUCACAAGUACAAUCAUAGCUGAAAUUAAUGAACUGAAUGCUAUUGUUAAUAUUUGAUGAGACUGUUUUAUGAGUAAGACCAUUUCCUUAAACCUGCUAUGGGCUCAGAGAACUUCAGCAAACUUUUGAAAAAUAACCAUAAAUCAUUCCUCUUAAGUGCCUUCUAGUGUAGUUAAACAACAGUGAAGUAGCAUUUACAAAAAUGCAGUUUUCAGUCAAUAACUGCUGUAGCAGUUAAACGGAAUCAAUGCAGGACAAUUUUUUAAAUUCAUAUUCAUCACUUAAACCAGGUCAGUAUUUCAAAAAGAACAGGUGUUUGAGAGGAAUGAUGAUGUUCUGCAGUCAUCCACUGUUAGAAUACACUUGGUCACAAAUAUUUAAAAUAAAAUCUGUGUUUGUUUUGUAAAUAGAUUUAUUGUUGUGCAUUGAUUUGGAGAAUUGUUUUUUGUCACUGUCCUAGCAAUUCUAUUAUGUAUUAGUGCCUAAAUGUAGAGUGAAAUAAUGUUUCAGGAGGACAGAGCACUAUUAUUUCAGCAGACAUUCUUGAAGACAAAGGAUCAUAGAUGAACUAGUCACAUGUGAUACCUGUAAUUGAUUUUAUAUUGGAACUUAGGAUGCGAGGUACUACAUUAAAUGAGCCAUAGCCUAAUUUAGUUCCAUAGUAUAUCCCUACAUUUAUCACUGCAGUUCUGUGAGAGGAACAGAAAAUAAGUAUUUUGCGAGUUUGAAUAAAGCAGGAAGAGCUUUACCAAAUACUGACUGCCAAAAGAGCAUUUUCUAUAAUUAUAGUUUGAUUCUGCUCCCAGUUAUCUCUCUAUCAUUUUUAUUUGUUUGUAACUCUUGAUCAAGAUUUUUUGGAGGCUGAAACUUCCAAACUUUUCACUCAUUUUAGUUUUGUUGGAAUUUGUGUUUGUUUUGGAAAUAGCUGGAAUUUUAAAUGAAACAUAUUUCAUUCACUGAAUUCAUGAUAUGUCCCAUUGGUUUGGGACUAGUACAAAUCCUGUGUGAAUUCUUGAACAGUAUGUUUGUGAUUAAUAAA